CCCCCCUUUCUUUUUUUCUUUCUUUUCCAUAUCUUUCUUCAGCGCGGCUAUCAGCGCAUCGUGGUUGGGACUAGUUAUAGCUCGGCUCUUGCUCUACUCUGCAUCAUAUUUAUUGAUUAUGUGAUCUUUAAACUACCAAGAGGAAAACUUUGCUGAACUACUGGUGCUUGAUGCGGGAGGCGGCGUCUUGUUUCUUCUAUGCAUGUUGGAUACAGGAUUUUUGAUAUUAGGGUUUUGUGCGGGCUGGCGGCGUGGGACUAACUUGACUGACUAUUUAUUUAUGUCUUGCGGUGUCGAUUAUUCUGCGAGGAUGGAAAUCCCCGAGGAUGUGGUGAAGCGAUUGAUUGGGCUUCUGCCCCUAUUACAACUUUCUUCUUUUUCUUAAACCGAGACUUCGACUAUUCAAGAUUCGAGCCCCUUGCUCCUUUCCGGCGGUGGUCCGAGGAGGAAUAUCAUUUCAUAGAAGGAAUUAAGGGCCUGUUUACAACUCUUCUGGGAGUCCUGCCCUUAGCCUCUGGGAUUAACGUUGCCUAAAUCCUUGGAACAUGGCGAGUAUACGGGACUUACUGUUGCCUGUCGACGACAAGGAGAUCACAGGGGCGGUAGUGAAAAAAGAGGAGGAAGCCACCGAGAAGACCGACAUUAUACCCUCAGAGACGACGCGGUUUCUUGUGGAAUUCAUCUUGGAUGUGAUCUGUCCGUACUGUUACAUCGGGUUCAAAAAUCUAAAGGCCGCUAUCGAGACUUAUAGAGCCCGUCAUCCAGAGGCAAUUUUCGAGAUAGUCUGUACUCCGUUUCUGCUUCACCCUCUAGCAGCUCGAAGUGCAUACGACAAAUCCGACUACCUAAUCGCACGUACCCGAGGCCCCGCGUAUUGGGUCGGCCCCGGAGAAGCAGCUGGUAUAAACUUCACCUGGGCCGGGCGCACGGGAAGCACGCGGGACGCGCACAAGCUUCUCCGGUUCGCACUAGAGAGCACGCCCACAACGGCCCGCGCAGCACGUAAUAGACGAGGGGCACCAGCUCCGCCAUCGCCACACACCAGCGCUCGCGCGCCAACAUCACCGUCCGCCGUGAACGGCAACACUCCAGCCCGGGGCCCAGCCCUGCAACUGCGCCUCCUGGAAGCGCUCUUCCGGGCACACCACGAGUCCGACGGGGAUAUAUCGGACCCCUCGUUUCUCGCGGAGACGGCGUCCGCCGCGACGGGGUUCGCGACCGCCCAGAUCCGUGCCGUUCUCGAGGACGCGAGCGAGGCGUGGGGCCGCGCGGUGAGUGCCUUGGUCGCGGAGGUGUCGUCCCCGCGGGGGCUCGCGGUGCGUGCCGUACCUACGCUUGUGGUCAACGAUCAUUAUGUGAUUGGCGGGGUGCAGAGCGCGGGGUUUUUGGUUGAUGAGUUUGAGAGGAUAUGGAGGGGUGGAGGGAGGUAGAGCGUAUCCUACGGUGUGGGAGGUUGAUAGGGGAAACUUUCAUGGGGUGGUCGAGUCGUCUUGAAGGGGCUGGUUGUUUUAUUAGUUCCUAGGGGCUACUUCUCCUAUUAGUUCUACCCUCGAAUUAAGGGGAGUGCGAGCCCGCCUGACCUGGAAGUUUAACUAGUCGAAAAUAGCUACAAUUGGGAGUUUGUAAAUAUUUAGCAAAAGGAGAUAUAUCUGGCUACGGCUUUAGAAAGAGUAAGGUAAGCUAGUCGUUCAGUAUUGUUAAAUACCUAAGAACAGUGCUAUUGUAUAGAUCUGCCUAUAUUUUUAGCAUUGAUGAAUACAGUUAAAGUGCA